UCUCUUGUGUUCAGAAAAUGAAAGUGAACGUUGACGGAGAUACUGGUAGUUCUCCGCCGUCUGCGACGGUCACGGUGGCGGUGGCAGUUAAGAGUGCUGAAGGGAGAGGAAGUCAACGUGCAGUAAAAUGGGCUGUGGAGAAACUGUUGCAUAAAGCUCAUCGGUUUGUAUUCAUUCAUGUUAUGCCUACCAUCACCACAAUUCCAACUCCAUCAGGAGAGUAUAUUCCUGUUGAUGGGCUUGAGGCCAACGUGGUGAAACUAUAUAGGGAGGAUAAGAGGGCUAGAUGUGAAGAAAUCUUUAUCCCAUUCAAGAUUUUAUGCAAAAGAAGAAAUGUUGAGACUUUGGUGCUAGAAGGGAAUAAUCCUGCAACAGUGCUCCUAAAAUAUGUAAAUGACUCUGGGAUUAAAAGUUUAGUCUUGGGCUCUUUCUCUCCAAAUUAUUUUGCCAGGAAGCUGAAGGGAUCAAGCGUGCCAUCAAUUAUUCUAAAGCAUGCUCUCUGUUGUGAUGUUUAUGUGGUGUCCUCAACUAAGCUUAUGACAAAUUCCUUAAAUCCCUUCUUGGCUUCUGAAGGUGAUCUUCGUACAAUCAAUAAACAACAAUCCAGUGCAUCUUCUGCCUCCACAGAAAGUGUCUUUCAUAACAGAUCGUCGUCACUUGCAGUUAAUCAUAUGAGUUCUCCCAAAUUUGUCCAUGGGAACUCUUCCAACAAUGUCAAUCCUCAACACCAAACUAAUCGAAAUCUGGAAGAUGUUACCACAGGUCUGGAGGCAGUGAAGGGAUGUCAUUCUUCCACUUGCUCAGAGCAGUUAGACAUUCAGGAUGAAGUGGCGAGGUUGCGCCUAGAAUUACAAGAUACUUUAGCAAUGUACAAUCAAGCAUGUGAGGACCUGACCCAUGCCCAAAACAAGGUCCAGUUAUUUUCUUCGCAAUACCUUGAAGAGUCUGGAAAAGUGAAUGACGCCAAGAAAAGAGAAGAAAGUCUAAGGAAAAUUGCUGCUGAAGAGAAGGAGAAGCAUAUGGAAGCUGAGAAGGAGGUUGAGAUAGCAAGAAAAUUGCUUUCCCAAGAGGUUUAUGACAGGCAGAUAGCAGAGUUGAAGGCUCUUCAGCAGUCCUUAGAGAAAAAGAAAAUUGUUGAUGCACUAUUAUCAUCUGAUGGCAGGUAUAGAAGGUUUACUAGAGAAGAGAUUGAGGUUGCAACCAAUUACUUUUCCGAGUCUAAGAUGAUUGGUGAAGGGGCAUAUGGGAAAGUUUACAAAGGCGAUCUUGAUCAUACACCUGUUGCCAUCAAAGUUCUUUGUUCUGAUGCAUCAGAAAAGAAAGAGGAAUUUCUAAAAGAGGUGGAGGUUCUAAGCCAGUUACAUCACCCACACAUUGUUUUACUGCUCGGAGCCUGUCCUGAAAAUGGUUGCCUUGUUUAUGAGUAUAUGGAGAAUGGAAGCCUUGAAGAUUACAUUUUGGAACGGAACAGCAAAUUGUUUCCCUGGUUUUCUCGAUUCAGGAUACUUUUUGAAGUGGCAUGCGCUCUUGCAUUCCUGCACAACUCAAAGCCUGAGCCUAUUAUUCAUCGAGAUAUGAAACCAGGAAACAUAUUGUUGGACAAAAAUCUUGUUUGCAAAAUAGGAGAUGUAGGUCUAGCAAAGAUUAUAUCAGAUGUUGUCCCAGAAAGUAUUACAGAAUAUAGGAACUCUAUUCUUGCUGGCACCCUUGGUUACAUGGAUCCAGAGUAUCAACGAACUGGCACACUCAGACCAAAGUCUGAUCUGUAUGCAUUUGGAGUAAUAAUACUUCAAUUAUUGGCUGCUCGUCGUCCUAAUGGCCUUAUAACGAAAUUUGAAAAUGCUGUGAAUAGUAAUUCAUUGGUGGAUAUACUUGAUAAGUCAGUUCCUGAUUGGCCAUUGAUUGAAGCAGAGGAGCUAGCUAGGAUGGCGCUAAAAUGCUGCAAGCUUAGAUGCCGAGAAAGACCUGACCUCGAGACUGAAGUUCUUCCACUGUUGAAAAGACUUGCUGAAUUUGCGGAUAUGCAUACCAAUGUAGAGAGGAACCCUAUCCAGGCACCUAGUCCGUACUUAUGCCCAAUUGUUCAGAAAGUAAUGGAAGAUCCACAGAUAGCAGCGGAUGGAUUUACGUAUGAGCGUAGAGCAAUAAAGUUAUGGCUCACCAGAUAUAGUGUAUCACCAAUAACAAAACAGAGACUGCAGAACAAGUUGAUUACACCAAACCACACACUGCGACUUGCUAUACAAGAGUGGAUCACAUUCAACAUCGUUCAGAUAGAGAAAAACUCGUGACUAGUGUGGAGGGAAAGGUCUAUUUAUGAUAUAGUUCAAGAAAGUUCAGUUGUCUCAUUUCCUUACUUAUUUCUAAUUCAUCACUUCAAGAUUGGUUCUGAAAAUCGCGUAACAUCAUCUUCAAUCAAUCUCCACUGUAUUCUCGGUGUGAAGGGUCAAAACGUUCAUGACGAUAUCAAGCCACAACCAAGCCACGAGAAAAGAAGGAAAAGUAAUAGUACUGUUUUGUACACAAGUGCCUUUAGAACACAAUCAAGUGUGUUAUGUUCAUAUACAUUACCCGAGUGUACAUUAGCAGCUGUAAUCUUUUGAAGUAUUGUAUAGCUCCUGAUGUUAAGAAAACCUGUAGAAAAUGUGAAUAAAAUGUAACAUAAUUCUGAGAAUGACACAAUACAGUCUAAUUCAUGAUAUCUUCUACUG